AUGCCGAAUCCCAUCAAGGACAUUACUCGCGUAGACACAACCUCAUUUCCCUACAUCUACGAAGAGAAUGUCACGAUCCCCUUGAAGGACAACGCCGGAUUGAUUCGGUGCAAUGUCUACCGACCCAAAGAUAUCGAGCGCUCCCCAGUUUUGGUUACCUAUGGUCCAUACGGGAAGGAUAUUCAUUACAAAGACUUCCACGCUAAGUCUUAUAGCGAGGUAAAUCCAGAGCAUCACUCCGACCAUUCGGCAUGGGAGACUCCGGAUCCUGGAUUCUGGACCAAGCAUGGCUAUGCCGCUGUUCGAGCCGACGAGCGUGGCCUAGGUCAGUCGCCCGGCGUUUUGGACACCAUGUCGCGGGGCACGAGCGAAGCCUUCGUCGAUGUAGUGGAAUGGGCCGCUGAGCAGUCCUGGUCCAGCGGUAAGGUUGGUCUCCUGGGUAUUAGCUACUACGCUGGCAGCCAGUGGCGUGUCGCUGCACGUCAGCCCAAGGGCCUAUCGUGCAUCAUUCCCUGGGAAGGGAUGUCCGAUUAUUACCGCGACCGAUGCCGUCAUGGCGGCAUUCUAUCCAACUCCUUUAUCAAGUUCUGGUGGAAUCGCCAGGUAAUCACCAAUCAAUAUGGCCGGCCUGGACGCGCUGCCCGCAACUGGGGUCCCGAUACGAUUGAGGGUGACCUGUCAGAGGAAGAGUUAUUGGCGAACCGCAACGACCAGACGCUCGACAACGCUAGCCACAGGUUCCGCGACGAACCCUAUUAUGCCUCCAAAGAGUAUAACAUGGAGGACAUUAAGGUCCCGCUACUCUCUGUGGCGAACUGGGGUGGUAUUCUCCUGCACCUCCGUGGCAACGUGAUCGGCUAUAUGAAUGCAGGUUCAGAACACAAAUAUCUACGAUUUAUCACGGGACGCCAUGACUUGCCAUUCUACUACCACGAAGAGGUCGAACUGCAAAAAAGCUUCCUUGACGCUUUCCUUAAGGGAGAGGAUCGCGAGGGAUGGAGUACUGGCAAGGCACCCAAGGUGGAUGUCUUGCUCCGGAAGGGAAAUGUGGGCUUUGACAACGCUGAGGCCGAAAGAGCCUAUACUCGGCGUACUGAGAACGAAUGGCCCAUCGCUCGCACGCAAUACACGAACUUCUUCCUCACUCCGGAUCUCCACCUGCAGACGCAAGCACCCCAGUCCACUUUGCUCAAGGUUGAUUACCGCGCGUUAGGGACGUUGGAAAGUCCUCAGCUUGUGCAAUUCAGCACCCCUGCUUUUGAACAAGAAACGGAGAUCACCGGCCAUAUCGUCGCUCAUUUAAAUGUAUCUGUCACCCCUGACAAGGGAGGUCCGCUCCCCUCCGAUAUUGAUCUCUUCGUGACACUGCGUUAUAUCUCCCCUACUGGUGAAGAGGUAUACUACACUGGUACCGCUGGAGACCCCGUCCCGUUGGCCAAAGGCUGGCUGCGCGUAAGUAUGCGCAAGGUGAACGAGAAGCAUCUGCGCCACCAGGAGUAUUUGCCGCAUCGUGAUUACUUCGCCACGGAUGUCUUGCCUGUUAUGCCCGGUGAGGUCUAUCCAGUAGAUGUAGAGAUCUGGCCGACCAACGUAGUAGUGGAAAAGGGUGGUAAGAUCGUCCUGGAGGUGGCGUCGGGCGAUACUCAGGGUUCGGGAAUUUUCCAACACAAUGACCCCACCGAUCGCUCCCCGGAGAAACUGCAGGGAACCAACCACAUACAUUUCGGGCCGGCGUACGAGAACUAUUCUCAAGUUCAUCACAAUCACCGAUAUUCUCUUUCCACUAUAUCCUUACCCUACAUAAUGUCCCAACACAAGAAAGAUAUCCGUCCCCUCCAACGCUUCGUCACCACUCAUGACGACAAUGGCCAAGCCGUCUUUUCCGAUUGUCUAUCUGAGGACAUGCCCGUCCAGGACGUCGACCAAGUUACCUUCAGUCUUGCCUACACUUCAGACCAAUUCCCUUCUCAGCUGUCGGGUGACGCAGAUAUUGCCAACUAUGAACGCCGUCUCACCUCUCCACCGGGAUUGACCAUCUCCACGGGCACCGUUUGCCGGAUUGUCGACAUGCCACCUAACACAACCAGUCCCAUGCAUCGGACUGUCUCGCUAGACUAUGGCGUCGUCCUAGAAGGGGAGGUCGAGCUGCUACUCGACAGUGGUGAAAAGCGACUGUUAAAGCGGGGCGAUGUUGCUGUACAGCGAGCUACGAACCAUGCCUGGCGCAACGUUACCCCGAACCAGGGUUGGUCUCGUAUGUUGUACGUCUUGACUCCCAGUCAUCCAGUGGAGGUGAAAAAUCAGGGUGUCCUCGGGGAGGAUUUGAAUGGAAUGGGGGUGAAGGCCAGUGAAUAG